AAUCGAGGCCUCGCGGGGGUCGUUAUAAGGCCGCGAGAGAGUAGCACGGCUACCCCCUCGCCGUCUCUCGCGGAGGCGAAGAAGAGAGAGAGAGAGAGAGAGAGAGAGAGAGAGAGGAGGAGGAGGACGUGGUUUCCCUCGUUGCUUCUCCUCUCUCACGCUUUUGGUGUGCUUCUCCUCUCCCUCCUACACCCGCGCGUAGCGUUUCGGACGCUGCACACAAUGGGGAUCUGGGUCUUCAUGGCCCGAUCGCUUCGAUCUUGACGAGGAACUCGGGGUUAGGCGCGGGAUCUGGUGCGUUUGCUGUAAAAUAGCGGCGCCCUCCUGGCUAUUGGCUUAGAUCUUCUAAUAUAGGGGAGGAUCGGCGAUUUUUACAUGGAUAAUUACAAAAUGGAGAACUGCCCAGUGAGAGUUAAUUCCAUUGGACAACUUUAUCAUGAUUGCAUGUCUGAUAGAAGAUCUAGGUUUUGGCAAAUUGAUAACCAACCAAAUCCCAGGUCUGAGGUCAUUUGUCCUCAACCCCGUCGAGCCACAAGAGCCCCUUAUUUCAUUAAUGCUCUCAAUAGAGUCAGUUCUAAGCCAAAGGGCUUUUUGCCCAUGUACAGAGUGGAUUGUGCUCCUGAGAUUCUUGAACUCAUCCUGAGCCAGGAUGACUUAGACAAUGAUCCUGACUCUAGCAACCAAGUGGGUGGCUUCUUCCGUGGAUCUCCUCCCGUACGCACUAAUAAUCCGGUCAUCCACGAUGUGCAGUUUGCCAAACAAGCCCAGUCCUUGGCUUCUCCUCGAGCCAACUCCCCCGGGAUGAAGCAGGCCGGAAGAGUUGAAAGAGGGUCUCCGACCUGUGGAUCUUCCUUGGGAGGGAGCCCCAAGGUGAGAAUCGAAGGAUUUGCUUGUGGGAGGAGCUCUGAGAAGCACUGUGUUGCCCCAGCUCUAGCAUGAUCCCUCCUCUCUCUCUCUCUCUCUCUCAAUUAAUCCUGACCUUACUGCCUGUGUCGAUGUAAAUGUGUCGUCUGCUACUGUGUCUGUCAUCAGCUGUUGAAGCUGCCGAAACGCCACUCUCGAGUAGAGUUUGGUGGUCCUGUAAAUAUGAGGUUUAAAUGGGUUUAGAGUUUGUACAGAACGUCCAAGCUGGAAACGCUAUCGAGUCACUGUAAAUGCAAACUCCUUUUUGCAUGAACUUGACUUACAUAGGUAGAUAGGCUUUUUACUUA